UUCGGCCGGACCCUUUCUCUCUAGAAUCUAGCUACUAAAGUUAACAGCCGCCAUGAUGUGAAUAUUUCUUAUGAGAAAUUAUAUUUAAUGGAGCUUUUAAGGAUAUACAGAAAUUAUUACUCUUUUAUUUGUUAUUAAAAAUGGUUGAGAAAAUGUCAGGUGAUCUUGGUCAAAACUCACGGGCCUCUAAAGCUCUUUCAGAUCGAGUAAAAUCUAUUUCUAAUUAUAAUAAAAGUGAUACUGCUAAGGAGAAGAACGUUCGUCAUCCAGAGCAGUUUAAGAUAAAGUUUGACAAAGGAACUUUAUUUCUUUCUGCUGUUUCAUCUGGUGAUUUGGAAGAGACAGAGAGUUUACUUAAUGAAGGGGUUGAUAUUGAUUUUACUAAUAUAGAUGGUCUUGCUGCAUUGCAUCAGGCUUGUAUUGAUGAGAAUGAAGAAAUGGUUAGCCUUUUAGUUGAGCGAGGUGCUAAUAUAGAAGCUCGUGAUAAUGAAGGUUGGACACCACUUCAUGCAGCAGCAAGUGCAGGAAAUGUUGAAAUAGCAAAAAUAUUGAUUGAACAUGGUGCUGACCUUGCAGCUGUAAAUAAUGAGGGAGAAGUUCCUCUCGAUCUUGCAGAUGAGCAAGAGAUGGUGGAUUUCUUAACAGAUGAAAUCGAAGGACAAGACCUUGAUGUUGAGGAAGCUCGAAAUGAAGAAGAACGUCUUAUGGUUGAACAUGCCACAAGUUGGUUGAACAAAAAGAAGAUAGAUGAAAAAUUAGAUUGGCAAGAUGCAACAGCUCUACAUGUUGCUGCGUCCAAAGGAUAUACUAAAGUUAUUAACAUUAUUUUGAAGAUACCUGGAGCUGAUGUGAACGUUAAAGAUUGUGAUGGCUGGACACCUUUGCAUGCUGCAGUGCAUUGGGGAUCGAAGUCAGCUUGUGAACUUCUUACUGAUUUUGGAGCAGAUUUUGAAAUUAUGAAUAAUAAUGGUCAAACACCUUGUGACUUAGCAGACAAAGAGUUUCAAAAAACAGCUGAAGCUUGCAAAAAAAAGUCAGCUGAUGCAGGACUUGCAAAAAAAUCUAAAGGCACAAGUUAUUCAUUUUCGAUUGAAAAAGAAAUGUAUGCCAUUGAAUUAUUAAAGAAGGAAGCACCCCGUCCUGCAAUAAAAGGGGGUCGUGUUCAACAGCAGACUUUAGAAACGAAUAAUAAUACUAGUAACAAUUGUGUUAUUGACAAUAAACAAAAAACAAAAGAAGUAAAAAAUUUCGACUCUGAAAACUCAAACACAUCAACAUCUGGAAAUGCAUCAACAAAUCGUGUUACAGUUAACUCUUUAGCAGAUACUGUUUCUGUAAAACUUCCAAGAGGUACUUCAGUAACAGUUGAAAAUGAUUCAAGUAAAACUGAUUCAAGUAAAACUGAUAACUCAGUUUUGAACUCUUCCAAUCGUAACAAAUUACGAGAAGAUUUACCACGAAGCUCUUUGUUGAAAUCAGAUCCUGUUGAAACUCCAUCAUCGCGAUCAGUUCCUUUAAAAAAUGACAAAGAAAAUGCUGAAACAUCCAAUCGUUCGUUAUCAUCAAGAACAGAUAAAGUUGAAAAUGAUUCAGCUGCCAGUCGUAUUUCUUCAUGGAGAAGUCAAAGAACUACUGAAAACAAUGAUGUCAAAUCAACAAGUGAAAAUAGUACAGAUAAAAAAUCAACACCAUUGUCUCGUUAUCAGCGAGAAGAAGUUCCAUCAAGAAAUCGUGCUGAUAGAAGUGAAAAAGAAGAUGAAGAAGAAGUUAAAAAGCCACCUGAAGACACCAGUGUUCGCAAAACUACAGGAGUUGCGGAGCGUUUGCGUUUGAAAAAUCAAGAGCUGCUUUCGUCAAUUGAUCGCUCGACUGAUAGGGUGACCGAAAGGACCACUGAUAGAGUUACCGAAAGAACGACUACUGAUCGACCUAGUUACAGUGAUAGGACUUCUGUUUACUCACGUGAUCAAAAUAGCACUGUUUCUGUUAAGCCUAAUAGUAAAAUAUCUUCUAGCGCUGAUGUUAGUGACACUAAAGAAAUUCAACGGAAGUUAGAUCAAACUGAAAAAGAAUUACAAGAGUACAAAGAAAAAUAUGAAAAAUUAAAGAAGGAAAAAGAAGAUCUUGAAAAUAAAUUAAGUCAAUACCAAGAGGACUUAGAGAAAAUGCAAGAACUGAAGAACGAUAAUGUACGACUAAAGGACGAGAAUGGAGCGCUGAUACGCGUGAUUAGUAAAUUAUCGCGAACUCCUGCAUCUUCGUCUUGAUUUUUAAUUUGGUGUAAAUUGGACUUUACCUGAUUUAACAUACUUUUUUAAUCUGAAAAAAAAAUCGUACUGUGAAGUUCGAUCGGGCGCUGAUAUUUCGCUGCCUUGAUGACCUUCUAUGCACUUGUAUUUAGCGCACGUGUUGGUCCUUUUCGCGAUUGACGAUUUUCCGCCCUUUCGAAACCGAUCCAAUUGCUAACAGGUGCAAGAACAUUUCAUACAACAGAACUUUCUGAUUGUACCAAUUAUGGGUGUUGAUCUUGUUUACGGACUAACAUCUCCAAAUUUUGUGCAAUAUUUUUUUUUUAAUUUUGCUAAGAUUGUACAUAUAAUCUGAAUAAUAGCGCCCAAGGGAGUUUGCGCUCCUUGCAAGGUGUUAUACGCUUUAUAAUCAUGAAAUAUUAGUUAUAUUUUUCUA